CAUCAUUCCUUCAAGGUCUCACUCUCAUUCCCUCAUCUUCCUCCUUCACUUUUCAUCCUUCACAGUCGGUCUGCGGCUUUCAUUUACGUUGUAUUUGCUCUACUGUGCCUGAUUCGCUUUGCCGACACGCUAAGGUUGUGCUUAUUUCCCAUUGAGCCGGGUUUCUUCUCACCUUUGUUCGCCUACCUUCAAUUUGACUUCCCCUAUCCUUUCCUCAGACACUCUUCAUCUCUUUCACGGCUUCGGAUUGCUUGAGCUUAGUAUCUUUCACCAUGGCUGAACCGGAAGAUCUCGAGGAAGAUCUUUUUGCUGAUUUGUACGAUGCUGACGACACAACUAAUCACGCUACUCCGGCAGUUGAGGCUCCAAAAGUUCCUUUAUCUACCGAGUCAACGGUUCAUACCCAAACUACCGAUGCCCACGGUCCACGGAGUGACGUUUCAAAAACCGAGGCAGAGAAUGUGAAAGAAUCCUAUCAAGUACCCCUGAUUGGGGGAGUUUAUCAGAAUGGAGGCGAUUUAGCCACAGGUGUUCAUGAUGCAACAGCCACUGCCGGUGACCAUGAACCGCAUGGGACGGGUAUCAAAGAAGACGGGAAGAUGUUCAUCGGAGGUUUGAACUGGGAGACGACGGAUCAAUCUCUGAGAGACUAUUUCUCCCAAUUCGGAGAGGUGCAAGAAUGCACCGUUAUGCGAGACAGCGCUACGGGGCGCUCCAGAGGCUUCGGGUUUUUGACAUUCAGGGAUCCGAAGACUGUCAAUACUGUUAUGGUUAAAGAGCAUUACUUGGAUGGGAAAAUUAUUGACCCUAAACGUGCAAUUCCCCGCGACGAACAAGAAAAAACAAGCAAGAUUUUUGUCGGCGGCGUGAGCCAGGAAGCAAAUGAGCAAGACUUCAAGCAGUUCUUCAUGCAGUUUGGCCGUGUAGUAGAUGCCACCUUGAUGAUUGACAAGGAUACAGGUCGACCUCGUGGAUUCGGUUUUGUGACGUUCGACAGCGAGGCCGCUGUAGAAGCAGCUCUUUCGCGCCCGCUAGAGAUCCUAGGAAAGCCAAUUGAGGUAAAGAAGGCCCAACCAAGAGGUAAUUUACGUGAUGAAGAGGACCGAAGAAAUCGGCGUGGAAGAGACAACUUCCAAGGGGGCCAAGCAGUCGGUGAUGCUUCUCAGCAACAGCAGGGUGUUCAAGGGCCUGCUGGGCAACUCGCAGGCCUUACCCCGCAAAUGAUGGCUCAGUAUUGGCAACGGAUGCAGCAGUAUUUUGCCUUGAUGCAGCAGCAGAUGGCCGUUGCAGCGGCCGCUCAGGGUCAGGCCAUGGGGAUGGGGAUGGGUACCAUGAACCCUGCCAUGAUGCAGCAGAUGCAAAUGAAACAGAUGCAGCAAAUGCAGAUGGGCGGCAACCAGCAGCAGGGAACGAUGAGUCCUCAGUCGCAGAACGCGAGUCUCCAGGGUAUGCAAAAUGUGAUGAAUCCUAACAUGGUUCAGCAGAUGCAACAGAUGCAGAACCAGGGUCAGGGCUCCAAUGUUGGAGGAAUGCCCGGACAAAUGGGAAGCGGUAUGGGUGGAAAUUUCACAGGGCCACGAGGAGGACCCGGUUACAACGCCCAGGAGCAAAUUGCGUUUGAACAACAGAAGUACGAACAACAACAGGCUCGAAGAGUCAUGGAGAACCGAGCCUUCUCUCCGUACCAACAGGGUGGACCGACUUCCUGGGAGGGUAUGUACGAUGAGGUUCCUCAGCCUAGCAUCCCAACGGGUCCUCAGAGUAUGAGUCGUGCAAGCAGCAUGGGUCGAGGUCCAACCCCUCAACCGCAAAGUGCAGCCCCCGCCAACGCUCCGACCGGUCCCAGAAAUGCCGGGAAGCCUGGAGCAAACUAUCGUGGAGGAGGCCGUGGAGGACAUCGAGGCUUCCAUCCUUAUUCUCGCGGUGGCUAAGAAAAUGCGAUCAGAUUCAUUGCAAAGUCGUGUCUUGCGUUACGAGCUCAUUCUCUGUUCUCUACAGUUUUCUAUUCUCUUGCUUCAAUUUUACUUCUCCACAUCAUUUUGGAGCAGAUUCCUCAAUCUUCAAUACCGUUCAUACAGGGAAAACAGAAGAAAUUGAAUGGGGUUCUUGUUUUUUAUUGUUUUCAGCUCACGCUCCAUGCGGACUGCCGCUCGUUUCUGCUAGUGUUAGGUAGAGUAGUUCUUGGGGCUCCACUGUAAAAUAUAAAUAUUCGAGAAUUUUCCGGUCAGGACAAACUCAAGUUCUCCCUGGUUUCUCAGCUACCAUUUCUUCACUGUCUUCUGGGGAUCUGUUAAACUUCAACUUCACUCGACGAACCCAACUUCUUCUUUUCGAUACGGCGGUCAUCCGUAUCGUCUCGCCUAUAAUCAUCUCAUAGCAUGGGGCCGAUGAAGGCGCAAAAUAUUGAAGAAUCCUAACCAGAUUCUUUAUUAGUCAAACCAAACAUUAUCCAACAGUCAUUUACAUGCAGCUCUGGGGAACGAUAUCCUAGAGCCAGCACCUCACCCUGUUUACUUGAGUAAUAAUGCUACAGACUGCUGAGAUGUCAUUACAUCUUUUUAGUCCAAUACACCCAGUCUCUUGUCUUGACUCUCAGUACUCGUUCCGCAACUGCAGUGUCGCAGGAGUCUGUCGGUGUUCUACUCUCUACUACUAUGUUAAAUUUAGUUCCAGCACAAUGGUGUCCGAAAUGGAAUUUGACCUCCCAACUUCUCUAAGAGGCUGAUCAAAUACCGCCAUUUAUCAGCCUGGCCAGGAUGAUAUUUUAACAACCAGCCACCAGAACGCAUCGCUUAUAUUGCUGAACUUGCUCAAAGCUUAGAGUUUGGCAAAGUCAAUGCCUUAUUCUGGGCCAUUGAUCCAGGUAUAUGGCACAUCCAAGUUGAGAUCACUCAUUGAAAGUGCAAGAGACUCUCCUGCCCUUUUAUCCCUUCUCAUAGACAAUUGCUCCUCCGUCCCGGUGAAAUAGAUGCAGCACCCUCCAAGGUCAUCAGGUUGGCCUCAUCUGCACCGUCAACAACCGACACCAAUUAGUCACAUAAUGCAGCUGCCUCGCCGCACCG